GAAAGCGUAUUUGGCACUGAUCCCUCCUUUCAGUAUAGACUGCAGUUUGCAUCAGGCAAUUUCUGCGUCAGGGGGAUGAAUGUGUCAUAAAUAGUUCGCCUUUAUAGAGGGCAGCGGAUGCACGUUUAGCAAUGCGAUGAGGCCAAUGCACUUUGCAAGACUUGCGCCGCAGAGAGCCUCCGCGGAUCCCACGACCUGUUGCUGACAAGCCGGGGGAAAGGAGAGGGAGAGGGGGAGCCGCUCGGGAGAGACAGAGGGUACUGCCUUGGAGACCACAGUCCUGGUUUCUUCGCGGAGGAAAUCAUGCAGUUUGCAAUCUGGCUGGUUGGACUAAUGUGUCAUCUGUCAGCACUUGUCCGGGACACUCUGCAAUACCCGUUGCAUCCGAAACAAGAAAGCUUCAUCAAGCAGCUGUCAUCGUAUGAAAUCAUCACCCCGCUCCGCGUGAACGACUUCGGAGAGUCAUUCCCCCACAAAUUGCACUACAGGCGGAGACGCAGAAGUUUGAAUGACGACCUGUCGGGCUUACGGGUUCACUACAGGAUUGAUGCAUUCGGGGAGCGCUUUCAUCUCAAUCUGACGGCAGACUCCGGCUUCAUCGCCCCCUCUUACACGGUGACACACUUGGGAGCGGAGCAGGACAACGACACGGAAUCCCUCUUCCACGACCCGAGCGAUAUGCGCCACUGCUUUUUCCGCGGACACGUCAACGCCAAGAGCGAGCACCCUGCAGUCUUCAGCCUGUGCACUGGCCUCAUUGGAACUUUUACGACACAACACGGCGAAUACUUCUUGGAGCCUCUUAUAAAUGCUGUGGGGGACGAAUAUGAUGAAGAGCACAAUAAACCUCAUCUUGUCUAUCGACAUGAGAGGAAAAGGAACACCUCGAACACCGACAACAGCAAAGAGCCCUGUGGUGCCUCAGACAACUCCAAGCGACCCAUCUCUUUUGAGAGCAGAGGGAAUAUGGGAGAGGAGCUGGAUUCUCUCAGAGCCUCGAUAGACGAUCAAGAUAUCCACGGAAACAACUCCACAGACAUGCACCCCAAACCCCCACGCAGACGCAAGCGUUUCCUCUCCUACCCUCGCUACGUUGAGCUAAUGGUGACAGCGGACGUUAAAAUGGCACGGCACCACGGACGCAACCUGGAGCACUACAUCCUAACAAUCAUGUCAGUAGUAGCAGCAGUGUACAGGGACCCCAGUGUAGGAAACCUCAUCAACAUCAUGGUUGUCAAGCUAGUCAUCAUCCACAAUGAACAGGAAGGGCCCACGGUGAGUUUCAACGCUGCCACCACUCUGCACAACUUCUGUGUCUGGCAGCAGAGGCAAAACGUCCAGGACGACAGCCAUCCUUCUCACCACGACACUGCACUCCUCAUUACCAGGGAAGACAUCUGCCGUGCGAAGGAUAAAUGUGACACAUUAGGGCUCGCGGAGCUGGGGACCAUGUGCGACCAGUACCGAAGCUGCUCCAUCAGCGAGGAAAACGGAAUUAGUGCCUCGUUCACCAUCGCUCAUGAGCUGGGCCAUGUGUUCAACAUGCCUCAUGAUGACAACCCUAAGUGCCGGGAGGCUGGCAUGAAGCACCAGUAUCAUGUCAUGGCUCCUACCCUCAACUAUGAUACCAGUCCCUGGUCGUGGUCCAAGUGCAGUCGCAAGUACAUCACAGAGUUUCUAGACACUGGAUAUGGAGAAUGCCUCCUGGAUGAACCAACAGGCAGGAUAUACGAGCUGCCCACCUUACUUCCUGGCCAGAUCUACAAUGCCAACAGACAGUGUGAACUGAUGUUCGGUCCAGGAUCUCAAAUUUGUCCUUACAUGAAACAGUGCAAGAGGCUGUGGUGCACGAGUGCGGAGGGGGACCAUAAAGGCUGUCGCACGCAGCACAUGCCGCUGGCUGAUGGGACCGACUGUGGACAUGGAAUGUACUGCAGACAUGGAAUGUGUGUAAACAAGGAGUUGGACCUGCAGCCAGUCCAUGGGGAGUGGGGUCCCUGGGGCCCUUACAGCAUGUGCUCCCGGUCCUGUGGCGGAGGAACAAGGAGCACCAUGAGAGACUGCAACAAGCCUGAGCCCAGGAAUGGGGGUAAGUUCUGUGUGGGUCGCAGGAUGAAGUUCCGCUCAUGCAACACUGAGCCGUGCCCGAGAGGAAGGAAAGAUUUCCGUGAAGAGCAGUGCUCUCAGUUUGAUGGCAAGCACUUCAACAUCAACGGUCUACCUCCCACCGUCCGCUGGGUUCCCAAAUAUAGCGGCAUAUUAAUGAAGGAUCGGUGUAAGCUGUUUUGCCGGGUUGCUGGGACCACAGCGUACUAUCAGCUGAAAGACCGCGUCAUUGAUGGCACACCGUGCGGGCCGGACACUUACGACAUCUGUGUUCAAGGCCUUUGCAGGCAAGCAGGCUGCGACCAUGUCCUCAACUCCAAGGCCAGGAACGACAAGUGUGGAGUGUGUGGCGGAGACAACUCAUCAUGCAAAACUCUAGCGGGGACAUUUAAUGAUGCUCAGUAUGGUUACAACACAGUGGUGCGCAUCCCAGCUGGAGCCACCAACAUCGAUAUCAAGCAGGUCAGCUACUCUGGGAAGCCAGAAGAUGACAACUACCUCGCCUUAUCUGAUAGCCAGUCCAACUUCCUCCUUAACGGCAACUUUGUGGUGGCCAUGUUCAAAAGGGAAAUCAACUUCAAGGGAACAGUCAUUGAUUACAGCGGCUCAGACACAAAAGUUGAGCGCAUCAACUGCACUGAACGCAUCGAGGAGGAGCUCGUCCUACAGGUCCUGUGUGUGGGAAACCUCUACAACCCAGAUGUGCGCUACUCCUUCAACAUACCCAUCGAGGAACACAGGGAGCAGUUUGUGUGGGAUCCCUCAGGCUCCUGGCUCGAGUGCAACCGCAUCUGUCAGGGUGAGCGAAGACGAAAGGCAGUGUGCGUGCGCAAGAGCGAUCACCUUGAGGUUUCGGACCAACGCUGUGAACAUUUACCUCGUCCCGAUGCUGUUGCUGAGCCCUGCAACACAGAGUGUGAAAUCAGGUGGCAUGUUGCUGGAAAGAGCGAGUGUUCAGCCAAAUGCGGCCCUGGCUACCGCAGCCUGGAUGUUCAGUGUAUGAAGUACAGUCUGAUGAAGAGACAGAGUGAGCGGGCGGAGGCUGGCUCCUGCAGAGACGUCACCAAGCCUCAGACAAGAGAGCCCUGCCAUGGAGACUGUCUGCUUAAGAGCUGGCAGUACAGCGCCUGGUCUCAGUGCUCUACGACGUGUGGACGUGGAAGCCGUAGCAGAGAUUCUUACUGCAUGAACAACCUGGGCCGGCGGCUGGUGGACAGGGAGUGCAAUGAGUUCCAGAGAGUUGUCACUGAAUCCUGCAACGACCAGCCGUGCCCGAAGUGGACUGUCAGUGAGUGGAGCGAGUGCCUUGUGACGUGUGGCAAAGGGAUGAGACACCGACAAGUGUCCUGCAGCGUGGGAGCCGGGGAGGAAAAGCUGAGCGAGCACUUCUGCGACUCGUCCAGCAAACCCUCUGCAGUGGGGAGCUGCGAGCAGCCUGAGUGUGCGUCUUGGCAAGUCGGCGUCUGGGGGGCGUGUGCGGUGACCUGUGGCCAUGGCUACCAGAUGAGAGCUGUCAGGUGUGUGUCGGGGAAUUAUGGCGAGACGGUCGAUGACAGAGAGUGCAAUGCUGCGGCAAGGCCCAGGGACAGUCAGGACUGUGAGAUGCCUCCGUGUCCGUGGGCCUCUCCGGCACAAAGCACGCCUCGUCCUGACAACUCUGCACAGCUCCUGACCCAGUGGAGAUACGGCUCCUGGACCUCGUGCUCAGUGUCCUGUGGCAAGGGGAAGCGUGAGCGUUAUGUCAGCUGCAGAGAUGCCCAGGGAGGAGUGGCUGACGAAUCAGACUGCGCCCACCUGUCCCGCCCCCCAGAGUCCUCCGCCUGCUUCAGCCCCUGUGGCCAGUGGCAAGCCAGAGAGUGGUCUCCUUGUUCGGUGACGUGCGGCAUGGGAAGAACCACCAGACACGUGGUCUGCUCUAACUACCACCAGCCAGUGGACCAGUCCUUCUGUGACCCAGAUGAGAAGCCCACAGCCGAACAAGAGUGCACCUCCCCACCCUGCACCUCCAUCCACCACCGUCAGCGCAUCAAUGACCAGCCCUAUGGAUAUCCUCAGGAUCCAGGGCGUCAUCCGGGCCACAGCAGCUGGAACGUGCCAUCAGCAGACAACCAGUGGAGGACGGGACCCUGGGGAGCAUGUUCCAGUACCUGUGCAGGAGGUUUCCAGAGGCGAGUGGUGGUCUGUCAGGAUGCCGACGGACGCAGCAACAACUUCUGUGAUGAGAGGGUCAAACCUGCCGAGUCUAAGAGCUGCGACUCGGGGCCCUGCCCUCUGUGGAACUACGGAGUCUGGGGAGAGUGUACCCAGACCUGUGGUGGAGGAAGGAGGACUCGCCUGGUGGUUUGUCAGAGGCCCAACGGACAGAGACUCAACGACUACAACUGUGACGUCUUGGACAAGCCGCCUGACAUGGAGCAGUGCAACCAGCAGCCGUGCCCAGGCUCUGCCUCCUGGCAACGCCGACCAUGGAAGCCGUGUUCAGUGAGCUGUGGUCGGGGGACCAAGCAGCGGGACGUAGCCUGUGUUUAUCAGAACCAAACCAAAAUAGACGAGGACCUCUGCAGUCAUCUACCCCGGCCGAGGACACAGAAGGCCUGCCGGGCUCAAGGAUGCCCCAGUUGGAAAGCCAACAGGUGGAGGGAGUGCUCCGUCACCUGUGGAGUUGGAGGUCAGAAGCGAGACGUUUACUGCAGGCUAAAAGGCACCGGGCGGGUCAGAGAAGACCUGUGUGAUGCUCGCACACGCCCUCCUGUUGUCCGACCAUGCCACCCCGCAGAGUGCACGCGUUACGUUUGGGUUGCUGGCGAAUGGCAGGAAUGCAACGUAACAUGUGGAGAAGGCAUGAGAAGCAGGAAGGUGGGGUGCGUGGGGCCAGGGGGGACACCCGCCCAGGAUGAUUACUGUGAGCCAUCGUCCCGGCCUCCAGCGCUCCAGUCCUGCACAGAAGAUCCCUGUCGCUACAUGUGGAUGACGGGGGAAUGGUCACAGUGCUCUGCCAGCUGCGGUGUUGGCUACCAGCAGCGUUUUGUGUCCUGCUCCGCGCUGCCCUCCUCCCGCGCUCAGCACUCAUAUGCUCAGACCUCCUUUGCCGGCACAAACUGCCCUGGGCCCCACCCUCCUGGCACCCAGCCUUGUCUCCUCACCGACUGCCCGCACACAACCUACUGGAAGGUUGGCCCAUGGAGCAAGUGCUCGCAGACCUGCGGGGCCGGAGUGAUGGAGCGCAGGGUGGAGUGCGUUACCUCCAAAGGCCAACCGUCCAAACACUGCCGUCCAUCAGACAGACCCGAGUCUCAGGCUGCAUGUCAGGACAGAGAAUGCCAGCUGUUCACUUCGUGUCGAGAGGUCCAGAUGAGGCAGGGUGUGAGGAUAGAUGGGGAAUACUAUCUCAGAGUCAAGUCCCGGAUCCUACAGAUUUACUGCGCUGAGAUGCAGACUGAUUUCCCCAAAGAGUACGUGACCCUGCGCAGCGGUCAGACAGACAACUACUCUGAGGUGUAUGGGCACAGGUUGCUGAACCCCUUCGAAUGCCCGUAUAACGGCAGCCGAAGGCAGGACUGCGCCUGCCGGAAUGACUACUCAGCGGCAGGAUACACUGUCUUCCACAAAGUUCGUCUGGACCUGAGCUCCUUGAGGAUAAUGAUCACAGACCUGCAGUUUUCCCAGACUCUUCUUGGUCGACCCGUGCCCUUUGCUACAGCGGGAGAUUGUUACAGCGCGGCCAAGUGUCCGCAGGGCCAGUUCGGCAUUAAUCUGAUUGGCACGGGCCUCAAAGUGGCUCAGGCCACCAAAUGGACCUCACAGGGCAACUAUGUUUCCGUGAAAGUCCACAGAUCUGAGGACGGGACAAGAAUCUACGGCCGCUGUGGUGGUUUCUGUGGGAAGUGCAUUCCCCAGGCUCACAACGGCCUACUCCUUCAAGUCCACUGAGGGCAAUGCAGAGACCAAACCCAUAAAUCUGCCCUGAAGACAGAAGCACGACAACAUACAGUAAGAUUUGUUGGAUCCUGUAGUCAUCUGUGAGUGUGGUGGAGGAAAAUUGCAACAGCUGUUAGCCCGCAGUAACGUCCCCCCAGUUUCCAAAUGGCAGCUAAAACCGACGACACACUACACACUGUGCAGUGCCACAUGGCCACCGUCAGGUCCUGCAUCCACACUGCAACGUCUCAAGAGGAGCCAACUAUAUUCGCUUGUCAACAGUUUUGCAGAGGCCAUCAAGCACAUCUGCGCUUUGGAACCUUUUUUGUUCUCUGACACUGUCAUAAAUGUGUAUGUAUCAAGGACGCAGGACUUUAACACACUGGGAGAGCAAGUACAGAAAUAGUAGGAAACCACAUUUUUGUCUUAUGGUAGUCUGUGAAAUGAAGUGGUGAAAAAGAAAUCUGAAUUUCACUGUAUUGCGUCUGGAACUAAUCCUGUUACUUGUACUUUCCACAGUGUAUAGAUAUUUAUAGCUACACUGUAAGCGAUCUUUGUCACUUAUCAAACUGACCUGUAAUCAGAGAGGCCGCGUAUUAUGGGAAUUCUCCAGUGGCAACGAAGUACCACAGACAGACACUGGAAUUGUAUUUAAGUGAUAGUUCUGUUAUUUUUUUAUUUACAGUUUGUUUUGGCUGAUUUUUAGAGAAGGCUAAGCUAACUGGCUGCUUUUUGUAGAUACCAAUGUUCUCAUCUAACUCUCAGCAAGAAAGCAAGUAUAUUUCUCGAGACGUUCAACCAGAGUAAGAUCGCAGCUAUGAUACCCUUCCAGACAUUUCUCAUGUCAGAGGUCAAACUUUAAGAGCCACUACAUCCAACUGCAGGUCACCUUUGAUUUUGUGCAUUUCUAGAGUCUGUUUGCUGUCAGCUGUUGUCAGGCAUUCAACAAAACUACUGGCUGUACCCUGACUGAUGCUAACGUAGAGCGGUCGGUAUGAACUCUAGGGGGGUGAAAGAGCUGAAAGGUUUUCAAGUGUUAAAGUAUGUAGUAUUAUUAGUGUUAUUCUUUAAUUACAUCACACAGACAAGUUCUCAUCUGUUACACCGUGACACAGUAUCAGGUGUGAUGUCUCACCUCACACCCUGCAACCCCCUACCUCUCGCAAACACCCAUACUCUGUUGAGAUAUGUGUUGUAAUAUAUUUAAGUUCGACCAUAUUUAUUCUCUAUUGACUUGUAGAUAUGUUUGAUUUGUUACAAUGACUACUAGUGACGGAGGAGCCAUCGUCUGAUAUGUUUUGUCCGUUGUCUGCUUUGCUAAAGUAGGUGUUUGUAGCGUAUAACCACUAACUUUAAAUUAGUAUGUUUCGAAUGGUGCUUUUGAACUACCACUGGAAUUACCUCUAAUCUCGAGAAGGAAAAGACUGACUUUGGGAAUAACUCGAUAUGUGACGGACUCUCUCUUACGCAGGUGUAGGGGUCUGUCAUAUGUAUCAGAUAAACCACUGCAUGAAGAAAUCUGUGCUUAACUCCUCAUAAAAGGCUUUCACCGUGACCACUACUACCACUGCAACCAUCAAGCAACCUAACAUGCUGGUACGCUGAUGUUAAGCUUUAACCAAAGUUGGCAGAUAGAUUCACAUAUAUUUUUUUUCCUAUCUCUGACAAUGCAGCUUGUUUUGAUUUAAAGAAUGGCCGAAAAUAAAAAAAGUCAGUGAGCAGCUAGAAAACCUUUGGCCGUCAUCAGUUUUUAUGAUGGCCAAUUGUGCUAUGAGGUCUGUAUCAGAAAUUUAAAGAAUACUUGAUGCACUAUGUGCCAGAAAUUUUGUAGAAAUGUAAUCCUGUUUGUUUGUUUGUUGUUUGUUGUUGUUGUUUUUUUGUAAUAACUGUUAAGAUUUGUAACUUAUGAUAUAUGUGUAUUUUUUAAUAUUCAUACUUGAAUUGUAAACGGCGUGCUAAAUAUUGAAUGGGCAUUGGUACUGGACGGAGAAACAGUGUGCUUGUUUGCCAUGCUUUAUCCAAAGAUGUUUUUAAGAAUCAUGUGUACAUACAGUAUGUGUGUAGCCUGUAUAAGAGAAACAAAUGAUUCUGGUGCUAUGGUUACUAAUCAUACGAUUACUGUAUGCCUUGCUACUAUACUAAUGCUGUUAAAAAUAAAUAAGAAUAAAAUGUGCUUUUCAGCAGA